CACGAAUAUGCAUAAUAGGUGCCAGAUUCCUGGUGCUGCUGUCAUCACACCUGGGCAUUUCGCUGCCGUCUCUUGUCAGAUAGCGUACGUAACCCAGAGUGCGAAGGCCAACUCGGACGUCCUCUUCAGUCACACCGCAUCUCUUAUUCCCAGUGUUCCCUCCUGCUGUGCCCCGCUUAGCUCAGCCGGUUUGCUGCAUCGCGUACCGGGAGUCGCCUGUUGAGGCAAUUGUGAAGACAAGGAAAAGUACCGCACAUUUGCUGGCCCCGCGUACAAUGGGUAUCUUAUGGUUCUUAUCUGCGAUUCCUGAAGUUCACCGGCAUGUAAUUGAGGUUUGCCUUACUACUAGAACAAGGCAGAGAAAGGUACAGUACACGUGUAAGGGACAGAGCUC